UUGUCAAAGCAAAAGGAUACAUAGGCCGACAGGGUGGACUGUUGUUUAUUCGUGAGAGCUUAUUUAGCUUUAUGUAAAGUGCAUGCAUCUACACCAGGUGCCACUAUCAGUACAUACAUACAUACAAUAUUAAGGUGUAACAUUGUUAACAGUGCAACUCCAUACAUCCUGAACACGUGAAUUAUCGACUGAGAGUCAGCCAAAAUGUUCAUUGUCGGACUGACUGGAGGGAUUGGGACAGGAAAGAGCACAGUCUCAAGCAUAUUUGUGAAGAAUGACAUUCCAGUGGUUGAUGCUGACACAAUGGCACGAAAAGUGGUGGAACCUGGUAGAAAGGCAUGGAAAGCAAUCCGCAAAGAGUUUGGCGAAAGUGUGUUUUUUGACGAUGGCCAGCUGAAUAGAGAAGCCCUGGGAGAUCUUAUAUUCAACGAUGUAGAGAAGAGGAGAAAACUAAACGAAAUUACACACCCGGAAAUAUAUAAAGAAAUGAUGAAGGCUGCGUGGGGCCAUCUUCUGGAAGGCCACCAGUUUAUUGUGAUGGACUUGCCUUUGUUGUAUGAGAGUGGACGAAUGCUAAACCUUUUGCACAAAGUUAUUGUUGUUACAUGCGAGGAAGACCAGCAGCUGGAGCGGGUUAUAAAGCGUGGACAGCUGAGCGAGGAGAGGGCUAAUGCCAGAGUCAAGGCCCAAAUGCCUCUAGAGGACAAGUGCAACAAGGCCAAUUUUGUGCUGGACAAUUCCGAGGACUUGAGCCACCUGGAGAAGCAGGUGGAUCAGCUGAUUGUGACCCUCAGGGCUUCCAACGCACACUGGAAAAUGAGGAUCUACUUCAUCUCCUCAAUGAUGCUGAUAUUUUACCUCAUAGUAUACCUGUACUCGUUCUUUGCCUUUUGAAAAUACUGCAUUUUCAAUCACAUUUUUAGUCAUGAAGAUAAGAAAAUAAAAUUGCAUUGUGCCUAUUGUGCAGCUUCAACUGUUACGAUGAA